AUGGAUCAGUGUGAGGACAGAGAGGAGGGAGUCCCUCCCUCUAAAACCACUCUGUGUGGGGAACAUGAGAGCCAGACCAAAGCUCAGAGGAACCAACCUGAACCUGAACCUGAACCCAGCUGUGUGUCCAUAAAGAGCGACCGGUCAAAAGACGUUCCUCGUGAUUUCAAACAAAAAUGGUCCUUUGGUAAAAUAGUAGACUACAAGAACUCAGAUGUUCCCAGUGGUCAGUUUCCCCAAAACUAUAAAACACAGCUCCACACUAUAUUUAAGCUGCUGGAAAACUACAUCAUCAAUUUUGUGAAGAAUGAGCUGAAGGAGAUCCAGAAGGUUCUGGAUCCAAAUUAUGCAGAAUCCUUAGUGAGGCAGUGGAAGGAUUGUGAGAUUUUGAAGGGUGAAGAAAGAAGAAGUAGAGAGGCAGUUAUGAAUAUCACACUGCACUUCCUGAGGAGAGGGAAUCAGGAGAAGCUGGCUGACCAUCUACAAAGCAGAACACUUGCAGGAGUUGUUUAUAAACUCAAAUCUGCUCUGAAGAAGAAGUUCCAGUGUGUGUUUGAGGGCAUCGCUAAAGCAGGAAACCCAACCCUUCUGAACCAGAUCUACACAGAGCUUUACAUCACAGAGGGAGGGACUGCAGAGGUCAAUGAGGAACAUGAGGUCAGACAGAUUGAAACAGCAUCCAGGAAACCAGACAGACCAGAAACAACAAUCAGACAAGAAGACAUCUUUAAAGGCUCACCUGGAAGAGAUGAACCAAUCAGAACAGUGCUGACAAAGGGAGUGGCUGGCAUUGGGAAAACAGUCUUAACACAGAAGUUCACUCUGGACUGGGCUGAAGACAAAGCCAACCAGGACAUCCAGUUCAUGUUUCCAUUCACUUUCAGAGAGCUGAAUGUGCUGAAAGAGAAAAAGUUCAGCUUGGUGGAACUUGUUCAUCACUUCUUUACUGAAACCAAAGAAGCAGGAAUCUGCAGCUUUGAAGACUUCCAGGUUGUGUUCAUCUUUGAUGGUCUGGAUGAGUGUCGACUUCCUCUGGACUUCCACAACACUGAGAUCCUGACUGAUGUUACAGAGUCCACCUCAGUGGAUGUGCUGCUGACAAACCUCAUCAGGGGGAACCUGCUUCCCUCUGCUCACCUCUGGAUAACCACACGACCUGCAGCAGCCAAUCAGAUUCCCUCUGAGUGUGUUGACGUGGUGACAGAGGUCAGAGGGUUCACUGACCCACAGAAGGAGGAGUACUUCAGGAAGAGAUUCAGAGAUGAGGAGCAGGCCAGCAGGAUCAUCUCCCACAUCAAGACAUCACGAAGCCUCCACAUCAUGUGCCACAUCCCAGUCUUCUGCUGGAUCACUGCUACAGUUCUGGAGGAUGUGCUGAAAACCAGAGAGAGAGGAGAGCUGCCCAAGACUCUGACUGAGAUGUACAUCCACUUCCUGGUGGUUCAGGCCAAAGUGAAGAAGGUCAAGUAUGAUGGAGGAACUGAGACAGAUCCACACUGGAGUCCAGAGAGCAGGAAGAUGAUUGAGUCUCUGGGAAAACUGGCUUUUGAUCAGCUGCAGAAAGGAAACCUGAUCUUCUAUGAAUCAGACCUGACAGAGUGUGGCAUCGAUAUCAGAGCAGCCUCAGUGUACUCAGGAGUGUUCACACAGAUCUUUAAAGAGGAGAGAGGGCUGUACCAGGACAAGGUGUUCUGCUUCAUCCAUCUGAGUGUUCAGGAGUUUCUGGCUGCUCUUCAUGUCCAUCUGACCUUCAUCAACUCUGGAGUCAAUCUGCUGGAAGAACAACAAUCAACCUCGCAGACAGAGCAACACUUCUACCAGAGUGCUGUGAACAAGGCCUUACAGAGUCCAAAUGGACACCUGGACUUGUUCCUCCGCUUCCUCCUGGGUCUUUCACUGAAGACCAAUCAAACUCUAUUACAAGGCCUACUGGCACAAACAAGACAGAGGCUAUAUACCAGCCAUACUCUCCUACAAUGCCUCCUUCCUCUGAAGGAAAGGAGCUCACAGACCAAUCAGGAAACAGUCCAGUACAUCAAGAAGAAGCUCAAUGAGAAUCUCUCUGUAGAGAAAAGCAUCAACCUGUUCCACUGUCUGAAUGAACUGAAUGAUCGUUCUCUAGUGGAGGAGAUCCAACAGUCCCUGAGUUCAGGAAGUCUCUCCACAGAUCAAGUGUCUCCUGCUCAGUGGUCAGCUCUGAUCUUCAUCUUACUGUCAUCAGAAGAAGAUCUAGAUAAGUUUGACCUGAAGAAAUACUCUGCUUCAGAGGAGGCUCUGCUGAGGCUGCUGCCAGUGGUCAAAGCCUCCAAUAAAGCUCUGCUCAGUAACUCUAACCUGUCAGAGAGAAGCUGUGAAGCUCUGUCCACCAUUCUCAGAGUAGAGGGCUGUGAGCUGAGAGCUCUAGACCUGAGUAACAAUAAUCUAUGGGAUUCAGGAUUGGAGCUGCUGUUGGCUGGAGUGGCAGGUUCACACUGUAACCUAGAAGUGCUCAUACUGAGUGGCUGUAACUUCUCAGAAAGAAGCUGUGUAAUUGUCUCCUCAGUUCUCACUUCGCAGUGUUCUAGUCUGAGAGAGCUGGACCUGAGUAACAAUGAACUGAAGGACUCUGGUGUGAAAGAGUUGUCUUCAGGACUGGAAAGUACACACUGGAAACUGGAAACAUUGAGGCUGUCAGGCUGUCUGAUCACAGAAGAAGGUUGUAAGUCUCUGGUCUCAGCUUUUAGCUCCAACCCCUCCCAUGUAAGAGAGUUGGACCUGAGCUACAACCAUCCAGGAGAGGCAGGAGUGAAGCUGCUGGAGCACCUAAAACUGGAAACUCUCAGGGUGGAGCCUGCUGGAGUCCAAUGGUUGAGACCAGGUCUGAGGAAGUAUUCCUGUCAACUCACAAUCGACACAAACACAGUGAACACAAACCUCAAACUGUCUGACAACAACAGGAAGGUGAUGUGUGUGAAGGAGGUUCAGUCAUAUCCUGAUCAUCCAGACAGGUUUGAUGGCUGGCCUCAGCUGCUGUGUAGAGAUAGUCCAACUUAUCGCUGUUACUGGGAGGUCGAGUGGAGAGGAAAGGUUUAUAUAUCAGUGAGUUACAGAAGAAUCAGCAAGAAAGGAAAAUGUAUUGACUGUGUGUUUGGAAAGAAUAAUAAGUCCUGGAGUCUGUUCUGCUCUGAUGAUGAUGGUUACUCUGUUUGGCACAAUAACCAGAAGACAUCAAUCUCCUCCUCCUCCUCUGUCUCUCACAGAGUAGCAGCAUAUGUGGACUGUCCUGCUGGCACUCUGUCCUUCUACAGAGUCUCCUCUGACACUCUGAUCCACCUCCACACCUUCAACACCACAUUCACUGAACCUCUUUAUCCUGGAUUUACAGUCUCACUGUCUUCCUCAGUGUCUCUGUGCUGA